AGAAAGUAAACAAAGAGAGUAACUCAUUGCAGAUAUGACGUUUUGAAAAAACGCUCAAGAUAUCAACUAUUGGGUAUAAAAAGUAUACUUUUUUAACCGUGUACAUCGUCAAAAUGACAAAACGACAUCGACAGUAAUUCAGUUAAAGCAGUUCAAUUUCAUGAAGCUUGUGAGCGGACUUUCCCUCCCAAUUAUGACGGAAAAUGAAGUUAUCGAAAGAACCAGCGGUACGCUACGUGAGGCAAUGAUUUUUCCAAAUAGCAUUGGUACUAACAGCGAUAGCUCAAUAUCGUCCGAUUCACAGUGGAGGUUUAGGAAUCAGAUAGACAUGUCUUCAAAGCAAUGGAUACAAACCAACAGUAAGGUAUGUCGACAAGAAUCCCUCCAGAAUCAUCUUCCAGAGCGACCUGUAUUAACCGACACUAAUGAGCGACCUUACAAAUGCGACAUAUGUAGCAAAUCAUUUAAUGUAAGGAGUGUUUUGAACAGGCACAGAAAGAUUCACAGUAAAGAACGGCCGCAUACAUGCGAGAUAUGUGGCAAAGGAUUCCUUAAAAAGUAUCUGCUUGAGCGACAUGUGUCAGCUCACAUUGGCAAGCGGCCGUACAAAUGUGGUAUAUGUGAUAAAUCAUUCACCUGUCAGGGUAUCUUAACUUCUCACAUGCAUAUUCACAGUAACGAACGACCGCAUAAGUGCGAGAUGUGUGGCAAAGGAUUCCUUCAAAAGUAUGUGCUUGAACGACAUGUGCUAACUCAUUCUGCCGAGCGACCGUACAAAUGUGAUACAUGUGGCAAAUCAUUUGCCCGUCAGGAUAUCUUAAUUUCACACGCUCGAGCUCACAGUAAUGUACGGCCGCAUAAAUGCGAAAUAUGUGGCAAGGAAUUCCUUUAUAAAUAUCAGCUUGAACGACAUGUGUUAACUCAUACUGGCGAGCGGCCGUACAAAUGUGAUAUAUGUGACAAAUCAUUUACCCGUCAAAGUGUUUUAACUUUGCACAAAAAUAUUCACAAUAAUGAACGGCCUCAUAAAUGCGAGUUAUGUGGUAAUGAAUUCAUUCAGAAGCAUCACCUGAAGCAACAUAUGUUAACUCACACUGGCGAGCGACCGUGCAAAUGUGAUAUAUGUGGUAAAUCUUAUUAUAAUGAGAGUCACUUGAUCAGACACAGACUUAUUCAUAGUGAUGAACGGAUGCAUAAGUGCGAGAUAUGCGGCAAAAAUUUUCUUCAGAAAGAACAUCUGCAGCGACACUUCUUUAACCAUACUGGUGAGCGACCGUACAAAUGCACUGUAUGUGGCAAAUCGUUUAAGGGGACGAGUGAAUUAAACAAUCACAAAUCUAUUCACAGUAACCUAACGCCGCAUAAGUGCGAGAUAUGCGACAAAAAAUUCCUUCUGCGGCAAACUAUGAAGCGGCAUUUGUUAAUCCACACUGGCGAGCGGCGGCAUAAAUGUUAUAUAUGUAAGAAAUCGUUCACCUGUCAGAGUACGUUAACUUCGCACAGACUCAUUCACAGUAAUGAACGACCGCAUAAGUGCGAGAUAUGUGGUCAUGCAUUCGUUAAAAAGCAUUACCUGAAGCAACACGUGUUAAUUCACACUGGCGAGCGACCUUGCAAAUGUGAUAUAUGUGGUAAAUCAUUCAGAGGGACGAGUUCUUUAAACAGACACAGAAAAAUUCACAUCAAGGAAAGUCCGCACGAGUGAGAGAUAUGUGGCAAAGAAUUCGUUCUGCAACAAUGCCUACAAAGACACUUCUUAAUCCUCACUGGUGAGUGGUAGCACAAUAUGUGAAGUAUGUGGCAAACAAUAUACAUACGAAAAAAGAUUAUAUGUAUAAUGAUGCAUUGAAUACAAUUAUAAAACAAUUGAUUUAAA